GUUUUCUGUGUUUUGCAUCAGUGUCUUUUCAUAUGGGAAAGUGAAAGUUAUUGAUCAAUGGGUGGUGACGGCGAUUAACACGGAGAGACGCUUGUUUCUAAGUGUUUUCCAUCAUAGCCGCCGGAAUGUCCAUUACUGACUUUUAGCUAACCUUCGCUAGCCUACCAAAAACACUAACGUUAUCAAAUCACAAUUUUACACAUUGUCUCGAUCCGCUAUAACGUUAGGUAGCGCAACAUGGUAUCUAACUUCCAAAUCAUGAUGCAAACGCGAGUGUCAAUAAGCAAUGUUUUUAGGGAUGGGUGAUGUCGCAACUUCGCAAGGUGAUGUUGUCUGGCCAGCUCAGCUGGCUAAAUCCAAUUUGCUAGCUACAUUAAUGUAUUUACAGUAGCCGAGUGUCAACGGACACCUAGACAGUGAUUUAAUCAUGAGAAGUCAUUCAGCCAUUGAAUAGAAAAUUGUCACAAGGACACGGAAAGUUGAUUGGGUUGUUUAACCAGCAAUUUAUUUCACUGGCUGUCUCAAAAUAUCUUGUUUUCACGUUUCACUAGCCAAAGGUUCCCACCAAGUCCGUUAGCUAAAUGUUAUGUUUUGGUAUUGUAGAACCGAAUUGGUGUCGAGGAUGAUUUUCUGAAACGCUGGAAGCCCAUUUUUUUGGUCCCAUUGUCCAACGUUUUUUGGCCACAUCACCACAGAAUCAUAAUUUAGUGGAGACGGCCUGGCACUUCCUAAGGUGCAGUGCCCCAACCACCCAGACGCCAUGCUGGUGGAAGACUACAGAGCAGGGGAUAUGAUCUGCCCCGAGUGUGGCCUUGUAGUGGGUGACAGGGUGAUUGACGUCGGCUCAGAGUGGAGGACCUUCACCAAUGAGAAAGCCACCAAAGACCCGUCUAGAGUGGGCGACGCCCAGAACCCACUCCUCAACGGGGGAGACUUGACCACCAUGAUCAGCAAGGGAACAGGCGCGGCUAGUUUUGACGAGUUCGGCAACUCCAAGUACCAGAACCGGCGGACCAUGAGCAGUUCAGACCGUGCCAUGCUUAACGCCUUCAAAGAGAUUACCACCAUGGCCGACCGGAUCAACCUACCAAGGAAUAUCAUAGACCGAACAAAUAACUUAUUUAAGCAAGUGUACGAACAGAAGAGCCUGAAGGGGCGGGCCAACGACGCCAUCGCAUCAGCCUGCCUUUACAUCGCCUGCAGACAAGAGGGCGUGCCUCGGACGUUUAAAGAGAUCUGCGCCGUGUCCCGCAUCUCCAAGAAGGAGAUCGGCCGCUGCUUCAAGCUGAUCCUCAAGGCCCUGGAGACCAGCGUGGACCUCAUCACCACCGGAGACUUCAUGUCCCGCUUCUGCUCCAACCUGGGCCUGCCGAAGCAGGUGCAGAUGGCGGCCACCUACAUCGCCCGGAAGGCCGUGGAGCAGGACCUGGUGCCCGGCAGAAGCCCCAUCUCUGUGGCCGCCGCCGCCAUCUACAUGGCCUCCCAGGCCUCCGCUGAGAAGAAGACCCAGAAAGAGAUCGGAGACAUUGCCGGUGUGGCAGACGUCACAAUCAGACAGUCGUACCGACUCAUCUACCCCCGUGCUGCUGACCUCUUCCCCCCGGACUUCAAAUUCGACACCCCUGUGGACAAACUGCCCCAGCUGUGAAGACCCACUCGCCCCGAUGACACUUUAAAGGUUAUUUUUCUAGUUUUUAAUCUAUUAGCAAUUUUUUCCCCCUUGUUAAUUAACCCUACCCUGGGGCGGCAGGGUAGAGCGUUGGACUAGUAACCGGAAGGUUGCAAGUUCAAACCCCCGAGCUGACAAGGUACAAAUCUGUCGUUCUGCCCCUGAACAGGCAGUUAACCCACUGUUCCUAGGCUGUCAUUGAAAAUAAGAAUUUGUUCUUAACUGACUUGCCUAGUAAAAUAAAGGUCAAAGAUAAAAUAAAUAUAAUAAACGUAAGACUUCAGGCCAUUGUGAAGGCACUUUUUGCAGGAAUACAGACAAGUACAGGACACACAUUCCAAUACUUAAAAAAAAAUGAGAUUGCAAACUGUACUUACAGUAUUUCAUUUGAGUGUAUAUAUACUGUAUAUAUGUCCAAGUGGGAAAAUGUAAUUGGUGCUUGCAAUAUUAGUCUGGUUUCAUACUAUAUACAUUUUCUUUUGUAGGAAAUGCAGGUUCUAUUUUGUUAGCUUGUUUGCUUUGUAUUAAGUAAAUCAAAUGCUUUUCUGAAAAGUGUGUUGAAAACCUCAUGCAUUGAUUAACAUUCAACUUUGUUUACAGAAUGAGAUUUUUUCUGUGUGUUGACUCUAAUAUUGCUUAUGUACCAUUUGGAGUGUUAAGAAACUUUUCUGUAUUACUAAGCUGAAGUUCCAGUACAUUGAGUACAUUGAUCAGUACCUCUCUGGACUUCGAGGACAGCCCAAGUUCAUAUAGUUUCAGCUAGUCUCGUUCCCACUGCCUGGUGUACAGUUGUGGGCCUAGCAUAGCAAAUAAAGCAAGCGUUCAACACA